GACCAAGAGAAGAUGUUGCGCAACACAAACCUCUCACUUGAUGUGGAACAGCAGUCUUCGAUCGAGCAGACAUCUAAGCAAGGGAGCAUCUGUAUCAAUCAUGGGUUGAGUUCUUUAGCUCGUAAUCAUGUCUUCGAAUGAUUGGUUCAUCCACGAAGUCGUGGUCAUUACUUUUAUAGGCUUUUAGCCAUGGAAACCAGUGGAAACAGUCUACAUGUGCUUGAGUGAUCAAAGCAUAAUCUUUCAAAAUUGAAAGCUUCCUGUGAUGUCAAGGCUACAAAAGGAUUCUACCAUCCCUAGUGUAGCCUCUACAUCACAGGAAGGCCAGGAAAACAGGACACUGAAAGUCACUCUUCUGAGUAAUGAGUGGAAAUCAUCAACUGAUGGAGAAUUGUCAACUAUCAACCGAGAGCUGGCCAUCCAGUUGGCUAAACACCCCAAUGUGGAUGUUAGUGUCUUGCUACCAAGUUGCAGCAGAGAGGACAGGAGCAGUGCUAAGAGUCACAAUGUGAAGCUCAUUGAGGCACAGGGAGUUUCUGGUGUAGAACCAGUUCUUUGGUUGUCAUCUCCUCCUCGAAACCAUACAAUGGACUGUGUCAUUAGUCAUGGAGUCCACCUUGGUCGACUUAUUACACCCAUUAAGAGAAAUCUAAAUUACUGUCACUGCAAAUGGAUUCAAGUUGUUCACUCUGCUCCUGAAGAAGAUGGAAUGUACAAAAACAUUUCAGAAGGUCAAAAAGAGCAGGAAACAGAAAUCCAGCUUUGUAAGAUGGCUGAUCAAGUCGUCACAAUUGGACCCAAGCUAGCAGAAGCUUACAAGCGUUACCUCCGUCCCAGUAAACAAGGGGAAAAUGUUUUUGACCUUACUCCAAGCAUUUUCUCUGAAUUUUUGGAAAAAGAACAAGCCACAGAAGAAAGACAGACUUUCUAUGUUCUUGUAAUUGGAAGUGGUGACAGCUGUGAAGAUUUCACAGUCAAGGGGUACGAUAUAGCUGCUAAAGCAAUGGCUGAGUUGAAAGAUGAAUCCUACAAACUCAGGUUUGUUUGUGCACCUGGAGGAAAAGUAGAUAAAAUCGCAGAAAAUUUGCUCCACCAUGGUGUU